AUGGCCGACCCGCUCCCGUGGACUGAGCUACUUAAAGCCGGCCGCCGGCUUCAGGCUUUGGCCGAGGAUUCUGACCGCCUCAACAGCGCAAGACGUCGAUUCGAAUCCACGCCGCCUGUCUACCGAACUUGUAAGUCCGGAGGAACGACCCUGUCGCCCAGCCCGCCGCCGCCGAAGGAGGAGCAGGAGCGUCGCGAUCGUCUUCAGCGCGGAAUAGACAUCGGUGCGCAUCGCCAUGCCUCUUGGCCGCGGAACCAGUUCGAAGCGCAAGUGACCGUCGAGUACGAUCGCCUCAUUGGGCCAAAAAAAGCUGCGAAUCCAAUCUUGUGCGGCGGCGGCUUUGUUUUCGACGAUGAGCUGUCCGAGGACUCCAUGAGCAUUGUCAAGAAGCAGUGGAUGGAACUGGGCAUUUGGAAUAGCAAGUGGAAGAGCCAUCCCGUAGGGCCAUGGAAGCAUGAAGAACCCCUUGAAGUCGAGUCUGAGCUCGAGACUAAUCAGACACUCGACGACGGCACGUUCCAGCUCGGUUCUCUUCAGCCGCCAAGGCAGCGGCGCAAGAGCGCCAAGGAGUUGCAGCUUGCCGCUGACAGACUUGCAAGGCGCCGGCGAGAGCGAGAGGCAUCACGACCCUUGAAUCAGUUCACCGCACGGCUCGCCCUUGAACGACAACGCAUCCGUGCCGAGUCUGGCUUGGAUGAGGAUGGUGCCUCGGACCCCGCCGACAUCAACACACAAGCCCGCCAUAACCAGCCACGGUCCUUCCGCAGUUCCAGUCUCGUCUUUCUCGUCUGGACCAUCGUUUCGUGA